AUGGAAACGUUGGAAGUCCAUUCAAAGGACUUUUUGGUCAAGUGGAUCCAUGCCCCAGACAACUCUGUCAUUGACUGGCAGGCUAAACCUUUAAAGAAGUCCAUCAACUUCGCUAUCUACAAAAAGAAUGAAACCUCAGUUUCAGAAACAAUGCCGCCUGCGCCGAAAUUUCUCUCCGAGGCCAGCGAUCUGAGCAAUGGAGUCGACCCGUUGUCGAACGGCUCCUCUCAAAACAGAGGUGAAACUGUAAAUGGAAGUGGCAAUGGAAGCUCCAAUUCUAAAGCACACAACCCCAACUCCGGCUCGAGCUCCGGGCCCAAUGCAUCGUUAACUCCAAAUGUAAACGCCAGCAAUUCAGCAUCAGAUAGAGAAAGACGGAAAUCGGUGACUGCUGGAAAUAGCAGACUCAGAUCAUCAUCUGUGGUGUCUGUGAACGAAUUUUCGGAGUCUGUGUCGAGCAUAUAUAAGACUCUCUCGAGAUCUAACACGAAAACCAGCUCAUUUAACUCGAACUUGACCAAUUCAGACUUGACCUUGGUGAAAGAUUACAAGAAGUUGGUCAGUGGAGAAUUGGUUCAUGGUAAAUUUGAGAUAAAACAAGGUGGAGUCUAUGCAUUUAUCUUCGACAAUUCCUUUUCCAAGACAAUUGGUAAGAAGAUCCUUUUCAGUACGAAAAUUAUUAACUCUGGGAAAGGAAUUGGCACAUACUCUGAAAAUAGUAUACGUUCAAUCGAUCCAAAGAGCCGAGUUACAAAUUCAAACUCCAACUCUACCACCAGUAUGCUGUCUGUUGUUACAGCCGCAUCCUCUAGAUCGACCUCUUCACCUGUGCCGGUUCCUCCAACUAGCCAGGGAACUAACGACUUAAGGCAGAAUUCUUUUUCUGCCAAUUCUAAAGGUAGGGGUCAACCUCAGGGCUCUUCAAGAGACUUGCAGUCGAUUUUGAGACCUAAAAAUGGAGAAUUACUACAAGGUACUCUCAUGAAGAGAAGGAGAAAGAAGUUGCAAGGCUUUACAAAGAGGUUCUUCGUUCUCAAUUUUAAAUAUGGAACAUUAUCAUAUUUUAAGAUUAACGAUAACAAAUUAAGAGGUCAAAUGCCAAUUAAGCAUUCCAUCGUGAGUGCUAACUCCAAAAAUAGAGAAAUUAUUAUCGAUUCUGGUAUGGAAGCGUGGGAUUUGAAGGCAGCGAACUCUGAAGUAUUCAAGUCUUGGGUUGAUGCCUUUAAUCAGAUCAAAAAAUCUCAUUUCGAUGCGAAACCAUUGUCAGCAACUGACCAUCGUAAGGACAAAUCACUUUCACCGUCAGCAUCAAACAAUUUGGAAGUCAGCAGUAGAUUGCAAAGAAUUUCUGCAAAACUUUCAGGAUUGGAAGUGGAUUCUCAACAGUCUAAGUUACUUUUAAGCGAGAUAAAGGCAGAUAUCGGCGAUAUAAUUGGCAUUUUAAACCUGACAGAAAAUGAGGUCGAUACUGAUGAAGAUGACUCAUUUUCAGUUAAAUCUGAUAAUGACUUCUACGAUGCAAAGGAGUAUUUAGACGCAAUCAACUCUGGUGUUGUAUUUCUAAACGACCCUGUUUCGACAACAAGUAGUGAAGAUGGUAAAAGAAAAAUAUCGAGUAAAUCCGUAUUAGCAAUGGGUCUUCCAGAUGGUUCAAUUGGAACUGCAUCUAGAUUGCAAAGUAAGCAAUCUGACGAAGAUGACGAAUCUGAAGCAGAGGUCGAGAUUCUGAGCUCUUCUGAAGACGAAGAGCUGGAAAUUGAAGUAACUGUUGUUAAAACCAUCUCUAUAGUGGAUGAUUAUGACAAGAGCUUGUAUCCAUUACCUUUUGAACCGAUCAAAAGAGAGUGGGAUAUCCCAGAGUGUACCCAUUCACCACCAUCUAUGUUAUCAUUUUUAAGAAAGAAUGUAGGAAAAGAUUUAUCUCAAGUUGCUAUGCCAGUUACUUUGAAUGAGCCUAUCUCCACAUUAGAAAAGUACUCGGAGAUGAUGGAAUACUGUCAAAUGAUCGAUAAUGCAAUCCAGGCAAACUGCGAUGCAUCUACAGGUGAAAGAAUAUUGAGGAUAGCUGCCUUUGCUAUUUCAUCUUUAUCGUCUAUGAGGGCAAAGGAAAGAAAUAUAAGAAAACCAUUCACACCAUUGCUUGGUGAAACUUACGAAUUAGUUAGAGAAGAUUUCGGAUUGAGAAUGAUUACUGAAAAGGUAAGCCAUAGACCUCCAGUCUAUGCAAUUUUUGCUGAGACUAAGGAUUGGGACUUUACUUUCUGUCCUUCACCAGAACAAAAGUUCUGGGGUAAGAAUGCAGAAAUUAUAACGAGAGGGGUUGCAAAAUUGACCAUUAAAACAACAGGAGAAGUUUUCCUGUGGUCCCAGCCGCUGACUAUGUUGAAAAAUAUUAUUGCGGGUGAGAAGUAUGGUGAGCCUAACGGAACGACGACAGUUAAAUCGUCAUUUGGAUACAAAGCAAUAGUAGAGUUUGCCAAAGGAGGUAUGUUCAGUGGGAGACAGGAAGAUCUUACUAUAAAGGCAUUUUCACAGGACAAGAGUCAGUUACCGUAUGAAGUUGAAGGUAAAUGGACUGAUUCAUUGACUUUGAAGACCCAUACUACGGAGAGAACUAUUUGGUCUGUCGGAGAAUUAAUGCCAAACCCAGCCAAGAAGUUUGGAUUUACGAAAUUUGCUGGUACUUUGAAUAAGAUUACGGAAGUUGAAAAAGGCAAAAUUCCCCCAACAGAUUCUAGAUUGAGGCCCGAUUUGCAAGUGUAUUUAGAGGGCGAUGUGGAUGCAGCUGAAGAGCUCAAAGUGAAACUAGAGGAAGAUCAGAGAGAAAGAAGAAAGGAAAGCGAGAUUUCAGGUACGGAGCAUACUCCAGCAUUCUUCAAGAAAGUUUCUGAAGAUUCAGUCAUGGAAUGGGAGUAUAUUAGGGGAGAAAAGAGUUACUGGAAUAGGAGAAAGGCCGGUGACUGGGAUGAUUUACUUAAAAUAUGGUAA